AUGGUGUGGACAUUGAGCCGCAGUAACCUGGUGUUAGCUGUGUAUGGAUUCACUUUGAUCACUGGUCUUCCUACCAACAUCCUGUCCUUCUACACCUUUUUCAGAAAGAUUCGCAAGCGGUCCACACCCAUAGAUGUCCUACUACUCAGCUUAAAUAUCUCUGACCUGAUCCUCCUGUUUGUCCUCCCAUUUCACAUGGUAGAGGCGGCCAACAUGAAAUGGACACUGCCGUACUUCCUCUGCCCGCUAUAUGGUUUCAUAUUCUACAGCACCAUCCACAACAACACCUUACACCUGGCGGCCAUCAGUGUGGACCGCUACCUGAGUGUGAGCUUUCCCAUAAAAUACAAGCUAAACCGCAAUCCCCGAAAUGCAGUGAUAGCCAGCGUUGUAUUCUGGGUGCUAUCCACGGCGCAUUGCAGUAUUGUCUAUAUUAUGCAAUACCAUAACCAUUUCAACCCCAACGUCACCGAUCCAUCCAAACGGAACACUUGCUAUGAAGACUUCACCGCUGAACAGCUCAAAAUCCUCCUUCCAGUCCGUCUGGAACUCUUUAUUGUGCUCUUCUGUGUGCCUUUCCUCAUCUGCUGCUUCUGCUACAUUAAGUGCAUCUGCAUCCUCUCCAAUCUAUCCAACGUGAACCCGAAGAAGCGAAUCAGGGCCAUUGGGAUGGCAUUGGCCACUCUUCUGGUCUUCAUUAUCUGUUUCAUGCCCUUUAACAUAUCACAUGUGGUGGGAUUUGUGGGUGGCUACAGCCCUGAGUGGCGAGAACAUGCUCUACUUGUCAGCACAUUGAAUGCCUCUCUCGACCCACUCUUAUUCUACUUCUCUUCCUCAGCCCUCAGAGAGAUUUUCAAUAACAUCUUGAGCAAGCUGGUCAUGCGGCUACUCCGACUCUGCAGUGGCACAUCUCUCUGCUGCCCCCUAUUGAGCUGUGGAAAAAUAGAGGAGAAAACACAAAGCUCUAAUGACUGGUCCCGCUCACAUAUCUAG